AUGGCCAUGGGGCUGAUAUUCGUGGAUGAAGGCGGGGCCAAAGAACUAGGAGCAGCGCAGCUCUUGAGUACGUUGUCCUUUCUUGGAACUUCAUGGCGUCUACUGAACUUCGUCAGAUCUACUCUACUUGAACUUCAACGCAGCCAAGGCCGCGGCAACGCAACCUCCGUUCAAGAAUCUCAAUUUUCCAGAGGUCGUAAUAGCUUGUAUAUGUAUUGACUUCACCGCCGCCGGGCUUCAAAUGACCACAUCCGAUAAAGGCACGCUCUCGGCGCGCUUGUUUGUCAAGCUAUCCGCAGCGAAUCAACUGGUCGGAUUGCUAAUGAUGAUCUUGAUGCUUUCAAGCAUUCCAAGCAACUUUAAAGAUAUGAGUCACACUUACAUCGUGUGGUGGGGACGAGUGGACUCUCUUACGGGACCAUCAUCUGCAACCUGGAUCUACAUUGCUAUUCGUGCCCUGAUCUUGUGCCACGGCAUCUGGUUGGACUUCAAGAACACCGAUGAUUUUGAUAGACUGAAGAAGGAUUGGACUGCUUUAGCUCCGGGCGACCAACGUCUGGAAAAGAGAAAACACGCAUUAUCGGACUAUCAUUGGGCUAGUCUGUCGGCGACAGUGUUCUCUAAAUGGAUUGAACUGAUUCCUUCGGUCAUCGUCGGGAUUUACAGCAUCGAAGAUUUGAGCAGAAGACUUCCCAAGUCUGGAUCAAUUACCGACUGGGGACAGAGCGCCACACUUGUCCUUGCCAUAGCAGGUGCCUUAAACUGCCUGUACGUCAUGAGAAUACCCCUCCUCCGUCUCAGAGACAGAGAUACUGGAUUGGAAUCGGAUCAGCUCCUCAAAUAUCCAAUCGAUUGCCCGCGAUACGACCCAAGCUGGGACCCCAAAGACGGCCACUGGGAUCAGAUGCUUCUGUCGAGUGCAAGAAACGGAAUUCUAAAAGGAGUCCGACGAGCUCUCAACAACGGGGCGGGCGUAAACGUUGUUGACCUUGAAGGAGAGACCGCUUUACUGUACGCAAUCAUGGAGAGCAAGCGGGAUAAGGGAGAGAUGUACACCGAGAUCAUGGAAUUCCGACCCGAUCCUUUAUUGAGCGGUGUCAAGCCCGCAAUCUGUGUAGCCGCUCAGUACGGGACCCUCGAAGUUGUGGACGAUUUGCUCCAACACUCGAAAGCAGUAUCUUGGCAGCGCGGACAGACGGGUUGCAAGGCUGUAGUACUGGCAGCUGGCGCAGGGGAAGAACGUAAUCUAAGACGUAUUCUACAGGCUUGGACAGACAAUGCGGCCCGUUCGAGUGGGACGGUGUGGCAUUUCCAGGAUGAAGUCGACUCUUGCGGAGAAACUGCAUUGACUCUGGCCACCAAAGGGCACCACUGGAGCUGCGCCAAAAUCCUCCUGGACAACCUACUUGAGCAUCGCGAGUUUCGCAGAAUCAUCACUGCUCUGUUAUUACCCCAGCGAUGGAAGGAAGGGCAAGAGUCUGCUUUCGUCAUCGACAACAGCCUUGGAUCGGACUCGUUCGUUAAGGGAACCAAAACUACCUUUCUCCAUUUAGCGAUAGAGCACGAACGCACGUGGAACGUUGAAAUCAUUGGGGUAGCCAAUAUCAUUCGAACCUGCAAACGAUCUGUCGACUGUCCCGAUGGAGAAGGCCGCACUCCUCUUUUACUGGCGGUCGAGAGAAAUAACUCCACAUGCGUCCGGGAACUCCUUCGGCAGGGAGCCGAUAUGACGAUUAAAGAUCGCAAAAGCCGAUCCGCAUUUUCUCUGAUCUUCCAAUCUGGCAAGACCGAGCUCUGGACCGAGAUUCAAAGUGGACUACUGAGAGGGGAUACUUCGUUCCUCAAGAACCUUCCUGUCGCCGAGCUUGAGUGGCUAUUCGCCAGGGACUUGAUAAGUGCGCAUCUAAUCUGCGACCACAUUCCUCUCCUUUACCAGGCUAUCUCCAGAAACCUCAAGACGCUAGUGAGAGUUCUGACCAGCAAGUUCAAAAAAUUUCCGCGUUACGGUCGGUAUAAAGAUCCUAUGUAUCCUGGGGGAGAGCAACUGGACUGGCGAUCACUGGCCGAGCUGACCCUAUCUGCCGUGGACGAGUGGGAGUACUUCCAUGGGGAUAGCUACCUUGAGGCUUGGGAUGUGUUGGUAGAGUCGUUGGAGAAGUACGACGACAGCGAGCCGAGGGUGUUGGAAAGGAUUAGAAAAGUAUUGGAACAGCGGCUUGGGCCUGACCCUUUCCAACAGAAAUGA